GAUGAAGUCCCCGUUACUCAGUUGUGAGUGGGUUAGGAACUCAGUUAUACACCUUGUCCCGCUUUUACUUAAAAGAACAAACAAUAACAAAGUCGGAACUUACUUUACUGUAUGAAGAAAAGAAGUUAGACGUGGAGCAUUAACGUCAUCCUUGUUGAAAGUCUCAUUUGCUGCUCUCCGUUUGCCAUCACCUGCAUCAUGACACGGAGAUCCUACGCGCUCUACGCGGUGGGAGGCAUCUGCGGGACCCUGCUGGCCGUUGGGAUUGGGCUCCUCGUGGGUAGAGUCUUUCACACGUUAAUGGAAAAUCGACUGAAAAAGGAGAUUGUGUUAGUAGAGGGCAGCCGUGUCUUUGAGUCAUGGAAAAAUCCUCCUCCCCCUGUUUUCAUGGAGUUCUUCUUCUUUAAUAUUACCAAUGCUGAAGAUUGCCUCAAUGGUGCCAAGCCAAAAGUCACGCAGAUCGGACCCUAUACAUACAGGGAAUACAGGUAUAAAGACAAUGUGACCAUGGUGGAAAAUGGCACAAUGGUGUCUGCAUACACCAUGAAGAAAUUUGUGUUCCUGAGAGAGAAAUCAGUGGGUGACCCAGCUGUGGAUAACAUCACCACUGUAAACAUACCAUCCUGGGCUGUAAUGGAAAAGAUGAAGGACAGCUGGUUUCGGACCGUGGUUUCCAUGUUUAUGAAAACUCUUGGAAGUGGUCCCUUUACCUCUCGCACAGUUCAUGAAUUGCUUUGGGGCUAUGAAGAUCCUCUGCUAGAAAAGGCUGCAGGCUACACUCCUGGUUUGGAUAAGGCGUUUGGCCUCAUGUACAAGAAAAAUGGCAGUGAUAGUGGGGAAUUUAUUUACCACACCGGAGAGCAGAACUACUUGGAUUAUGGCCGGGUCAAAACGUGGAAAGGUCAAAGCAAGCUGACAUUCUGGACAAGUGAGGAAAGUAACCGCAUUCAAGGAUCAGAUGGAAGUAGUUUCCAUCCUCUACUUAAGAAGGAUGAACGCAUUUAUAUCUUCACUCCAGACCUCUGCAGGACAAUCUACAUGGACUUUGAGAAAGAGGUUGAAGUAAAAGGGAUCCCAGCGUACCGCUUCACCCCGCCGCGCUCUGUUUUUGCCAGUAAGGAGGAGAACUCAGACAAUGAAGGUUUCUGCGUCUCUAAGAAGGAGUGCCUGGGAACUGGUGUCCUCAAAGUCAGCCCAUGUCGCAAAGGAGCGCCUGUGGUUGCCUCUUUUCCUCACUUCUAUCUGGCAGAGGACAAAUAUGUUGACGCCAUUGAAGGAAUGUCCCCUGACAGGGAACAUCACCAGACAUAUUUAGACCUCAACCCGACCACUGGAGUGAUUUUACGUGCGAGCAAAAGAGCACAGGUUAACAUCUUGAUGAACAGAGUCGGUGGAUUCCCGGACACAAAAAACCUGAAUGAGACCGUCUUUCCUGUUAUGUUCCUCAAUGAGAGUGUGGUGAUCGAUGAUGAGUCUGCUGCCAAAGUUAAAAAGCUGCUCCUAAUUUCUGAUUUGGUGUCCAACUUCGCGCUCUUUAUUGUGGGACUUGGAGGCAUCAUGCUCAUCAUCCUAGUUGUCCUUCUCUUUCGGGCCCAUCAAAAGAAGAAUGAAGUUAACCGCAUUGUGUUUACCAAGGCUCUCUAUGCUCAGCCUUCGGCUCAAGAUGACACAUCAUACUGUCCCGUGGGUGACAAAGGAAGGGAAGAUCCCCAAAAUGGAACCUACAUCGGUUUGACAGAGAAAGUGGACGCCUGAAGUUGAGGAAGAGGAGGGUGGAGUUUUGCGACAAGGGGUGGGUGGUUGUGGGGUCAUGAACGGGGUUUUUUGGUUUCACAGAUUUUGUACUAACUGCUGUUAGUGAAAGAUGUGAAAAACGAUGGUGAUUGGCGUGUUAUGUUCCAGUUGGGCUUUUCUGUUUGGCAUGAUCUAAAAUGCUUGAAGUGACCAGAAAGUAUUAAAGCAUUUGCAUUGACAAGGACCAUCUGACUGAAUGGGAACUGGCAUCAGAUAAAAAUAAAGUCCAGGUCUCUCUUUGUUUGUUACGGCUCCUCAUAAAGGUGAGGAGAUUAUUAUUCUGGACACUUUUACAGCAAAAGACUAAAGUCAGCUUUGAGAGAAUCUUAUGAAAUGCAGGCUCCUUUCUUUUGAUUAUUUCUUAUCAGGUUCUCUGUAAAGUUUGUCAAAAAUGCCAAGAAGCAAAGCAGCAAAAAAAAUAGAAAUAACAAGAAGAGCUUUUAAAUGGUAACUUUUGAUUUAUUUAAGAUUUUGUAGAAGCUUUUUCUUGAUUUUUUUUUCUGUCGAAUGCUACCUCCUGGUGGCUGCGUCUUGCUGUUUGUAAUGUCAUUUCAACACAAACCAAACAAAGGACUGCAGUAGAGAUGACCUGUGCAUAAAUGCAUUGCCCCUCAAUCGGUUUAUUUAGCUCAGCUCGCUUUGAGCUCAUCGCAUUUAAAUUGUAUUUUUUUCCCCCUGCAUAUUGCAACAUAAUCUUUAACCAGCUGGGUUUUUUAUGUCAGAGAAAUGGUAUUCAUUUUUGACUUUCAGAUGUACUGUUCUAAUAGAAAAUUGGAAUUCCACAUUGAAGGCAAACAUUAUCUGUAAUCUGUGCAUUGUGAUAAACCUUUGCAAUUGUCCUGCCGCCCACUUUUAGCUGCUUCAGUUCCCACUGAAGAAUUGUCUGCACCUGCCAGAAUAGUCAUUUGAUUUUUAAAACUUUGCAGUGUAAAUUAAUAGUGCCUUGAGCUGUUUAAAAAAAACAUUGGAGCAGAGCAUAUCUGAGCCUGGUGAAGCUUUGACAUACGUAGCUUUUUAAAAAAGCUUUUUUUAAAAAAAAAAAAAAAAAAACAGGCUAGCAUCUUAAAUAAACUAGGCACACAUGAAUUUAAUUAUUAUUCUUGGGUGUUAUACUUCACUCUCAGGGUGCCUGUGUUUGCUGUCAAACAUAGUAAAACAAGUAAAGAUAAAAUUAUUCAAAGUUUUCUUUUUAUAAAUCGAUUCAGUAUUAAAGCUCCUAAGAAUUUCAGGCUAAAUGGAAUGAAUUUUGUUGGGUGAUUCAUUCAUUUGUGAUCUCUAAAAUCUAGAAGCAGUCUUGGCAUUCAUUUGAGUGUGCAAGCUAUGCAUGAUGAGGAUGAAUGUCAAACAAAACUAUGUAUAUUUAGAUACUGUCCUAUUUUUUUCUAAAGAAAAAAUACGUUUGGCGUAUUUCUGUAAAUGUUAAUGUAGAGAUGCUAAAGUGAAGUUUGAGUCUAACGCUUAGUGUAGUUUAUCUAAAGCUCCAAAUAAGACAUGAUGUGUGUCCUUAACAUGCUUCCACUAACUGAUAUAAAUAAUGCAGAACAUGUUUUUUUUUUAAUAAACAUGAACCAGUGUUACUGCUUUACUUGAUUUUUCUGAUGAAACUUUUUAGCUUCCGUCCAGAUGCCAAGAAAAAAAGAACAUGUGACCGAAGUAUUUUUUUUUUGUAUAGCCUCCAUGGUCAAAGUGUCUCUAUGUGCCAUAUCUUGUAUUCCUCAAAUAAAAAGCUGCUCAGUUUAUUCUGUGCAGGCUCCAAUACUGGUUUUAGCACUUCAUCUGUGAUUUAGAUUCUUUCAUACUAUGUAAUAAUCCAUGUGUAUAUAUCAGGCUGUUGAGAUUUUUCUCCUUUUGAGUUUUUUUGUGUUAUUAUCUUUUCAUGCAAACUAAAAUUCAUUAUGUACAAUAAUUAAACUGAGGGCUAAACAAAUCCACACGUUUUUAUAAUGUAGUUGAUUUCGAUUAACGAGAACAAGCGAAUAAAUUGGUAGCUUCCGUCUCAUAUGUUACAAGACAGUGUUAUGCAAUGUCUGUAGUUGUUUUUGAAGGGAAUAAAUUAUUUUGUUACAUUGAUAAAACCAAAACAGAUCAUCCUCACAUGCUUACGACUGGAUUUCUUUGUAAUGCCACAUUUCAAUCAACAUUUUCAUCUUGGAAAUUAUUGCUGCAAAUGUAACCAUUGAGUAUCCUGCCUGUUCACCUGUUUUUGAAUGUUACUUUUGAUCUGCACACAGAAAUAAAAAGUAGCUUAAGUGGA